AUGGCGCUGGCGCAGUGGCUGGACGAGCUGGCGGCGCUGACGGCGCAGAACCUGCCCUGCCUGGAGGUGUCGGAGACCUACCGGGUGCUGGGGCUGCUGGGCCAGGGCGCCUUCGGCCACGUGGUGCUGGCCCUGCACCAGCAGCGGGGGACCCCGCUGGCCCUGAAGUUUGUGGCCAAGCGGGCGGGGGGGCUGGAGGCCUUCCUCUCCGAGUACUGCAUCGCCCUGAGCCUGGCGGCCCACCCCUGCGUGGCGGGCGCCCUGGGCAUCGCCUUCCAGACCCCCCGGCACUACGUCUUCGCCCAGGAGUUCGCCCUGGCCCGCGACCUCUUCUCCAUCCUCCAGCCCGAGGUGGGGGCACCCGAGGUGCGGGUGCGGCGCUGCGCCCUGCAGCUGGCCAGCGCCCUGGACUUCAUGGGGGCCAAGGGGCUGGUGCACGGCGACAUCAAGCCCGACAACGUGCUGCUGCUGGACCCCGAGUGCCGGCGGGUGAAGCUGAGCGACUUCGGGCAGAGCCGGCCGCAGGGCCGCCCCGUGGAGCGCCCGCCGGCCCCGCUGCCCUACGCGGCGCCGGAGCUGUGCCGCCUGCCGCCGGGCCGCCAGCUGCCCGCCCAGCCCAGCCUCGACGCCUGGGCGCUGGGCGUCCUCCUCUUCGUGGCCCUCACCGGCUACUUCCCCUGGAUCACGGCCGCCGACCGCCACUACCAGGUCUUCGAGCGGUGGCUGCGGGACCCGGCUGGCCGGCGGCCCUGCCCGCCCCAUUGGCACCGCUUCAGCCCGCUCGCCUGCAGCCUGCUGCGGGGGCUGCUGGCCCCCGAGCCAGCCCACCGCAGCCCCCCGCGUGCCGUGCUGCCCGCCGUGCGGCGGCCCUGGCUGCAGCCGGCCCCCGCGGCCACCCCGAAGGUCACCCUGGUGGCCUCGGAUGCCACCCUGGUGGCCUCAGGGGCGGCCCGGGCAAGGGCACCAGAGGUGGCCCCAGUGGUGGCCCCGACGAUGGCCUCGGAUGCCACCCUGGUGGCCUCAGGGGCGGCCCGGGCAAGGGCACCAGAGGUGGCCCCAGUGGUGGCCCCAGACGUCACCAUGGUGGCCCCAGCAGUAGCCCCGAUGGUGGCCUCGGAUGUCACCCUGGUGGCCCCAGAGGGCGUCCCAGCAGUGGCCCCCGCAGAGCCGGGCCCCCUGGCUGAGGCGGGUGGGGGGCCCUGA